AUGCAGCCGCAGUCGGAGAAGCCCAAGCGGGCUCCCCGGAAGCAUGUCACCACCGCCUGUGUUCCUUGUCGGGAGAGUAAGAUCAGAUGUGAUGGGGCUACUCCGAAUUGCCACAACUGCGAAAAGAAAGGAAAGGAUUGCAAAUACCAGCACGGUGACGAUAAGCGGAACGCAGUGUCCGCACAGCCAACCAAGGCUGACUUUAACUCUCCCAGAGUGUCUCUUCGCGCAGCCACGGAGCUGUUUUCCGCCAGAAUAGACCAGCUAUGUCAAUUCAUCUACGACAAUGGGCUAGAGCCACCCCCUAUGAAACCCGAAGACGAGUCGGGAAUGAACAGAGUUCUGGACACCCUGCAAAUUCCUCGGGGACUAGCGAAAAGGAGAGACUCAGUGGCAUCUAUUGGGCACAAUGCGCUGCCUCAACCAGCCGUCACACAAUCCCCUGACCACACUCCACCCCCUCUUCCUUCAGGGAACCGUCAGAUGGGUGUCACCGAGAGUAUGCCCGCAGUUUCAUCUCCCUCGCACAGUGUACUUUCCAAUCAGCGAUUCCUGCCCCCGGCUGAGAAAAGCCAAGACCACAUGAACACUCUGGCAAUAAACCCAGGGUUGUCAACCAAUUAUCCUUCGACGCACUGGGGGUUCACUCUUCCCACGGCUGAAAGCUUGGAUGCCCUAUAUGCCAAUAUAGAUGGCGCUUCCAGUCGGUCAAAUGAGAACAGUCUGAGUCCAGAUAGCCUGCAGUUCACACCGGACAUAUCCCAACAGCCGGGCGUGCUAUUGGGCCAAGCGUGGAACGACAGAGACAACGAUUCUGACAGUGGCGAGGAAGACGAAGCUGAGAAAGAUGUUAUUGAGCAAAUUUCACAUCGUAUAGGGACUCUGAAGAUUGCAGGCGAUGGCCAUCUCAGGUUUUAUGGAGCCACUUCGAAUCUCAACCUGGUAGACGUGUCUGCGACACAACAACGCCAGCGUCCAGAUGCACGGACUGUUCGUCACGAUGGACAAGAUAUCUUGAAUCAUCUGCGGGUUGGACAGCCUGUUGAUCCCGCACUCGAGGACCAUCUUGUCGAACUUUACUUUACCUGGCAAAAUCCCAGUACCUACGUGGUCGACAAAGAUAUGUAUAUGGAUGCGAGGAUGAAAUGGAGAAACGACUUGAUAGACACACCCUUCUAUUCGGAGGUCCUCACAAAUGCAAUGUGCGCCAUCGGAAGUGCAUUCGAAACUCGGUAUCAUACUACUUUUAUCACAUUCCCCAAAUCUCUGUCAGAAUUCUUUGCAGACAGGGCGAAGGCUCUUCUCGAAAUCGAAUUGGACUCUCCUUGCGUCGCUACUGUUCAGGCUCUCGUUAUUCUGAGCUCCCACGAAGGAUCCUCUAACCGUGAUGCUAGAGGUUGGCUCUAUAGCGGCAUGUCGAUGAGACUUGCAUUUGAUCUUGGGCUGCACCUGGACACGACACCUUACGUUGAAAAGGGCGACAUAAGUGCUCAUGAGGCUGACGUGCGUCGAAUUGCAUUCUGGGGAAGCUAUACUGCCGAUCACUUUUGGGGCUUUUACUUGGGAAGGCCCUUCCGAAUGAACGCAGGGGACAUCACUAUUCCGAAGCCUGCCUCCGACCUGGGUGCUGAGAAGGAAGGCAUGUGGUAUCCGUAUGGGCUACCGAUGAAACCGGACGCACUGGAGAAUGGAUUGAAGAACCCAAAUGAAUUAAUCAGUCGACAAUUCGCUGUUCUUUGGGAGAUCAUAUCGCCCGUUGGCCAUAUCCUGUUAUACGGUUGCUCCGACAUUCCACGCCAUGACCUGCAGAGAUUGUGUCACAGGGUAACGGAUGACCUAUUUGCUUGGAAGGCCAACUUGCCCUCAAAUCUGGAUGUUGAUCUCGGAAAUGAUGCUGUUCCGAAGCUACCUCAUCUUCUAGUACUUCACAUGCAAUACCACCAAAUUGUUAUUUUUACCCACCGACCCUGGGUUUCGAAGAGCUACAUCCAACCACGCAGUCCGCGCCAAGGACCUGGAUAUCAUCACGCCCGACGGAUGUGCGUUGAUUCAUCAAUAGCGAUCGCACGACUCCUUCAUAUCUACGAAAAACAUUAUACAUUCCGGCGUAUGAACAAUCAAGUCGUCGCCAUCAUUUUCAGCGCAGCCCUAAUGCUGCUUUAUGUCACUAUUUCGAGCUCUCGACCGGGCGGAGAUAGCAGCAGCAGCAACGCUGAAAUGGUUGCAUAUUUGAAUCUUUGUUUCCGUGCACUAGACGAGAUAGGCCAAUCGUUCGAGAAUGCCAAACGGACCCGAGACUUUCUGGUUAGCUUGCAACGGCGUUGGCAAGCACACAUGCGGCGCUCAGGAGCACUUAAGCGCCAAACAAGCCACCAGCCCUUGACGCAACAACCCACAGGGCGUAUCACGGACCCAGAGGCAUCACGAAAGAAGUCCCGAGUUACCGCGCCCAGAAACCAAGCCGCAAUUCCCCUGUCCUUACCCACAUCAUCCUCCUUAACAGGCGCAGGCCUCUCCUUCAACCAACCACAACCUCAGCGCCGGCCUGGACAACCGUCUUUUGAUCCUUCCCAACAAUUGGGCGCAUGCCAGCCUGGAGAUCUGGAUUGGAUCCGGGAUUCCGAUCUGCAAUUGCUCUCCGAGAAUCUCGGAGACAACGGGUUUCCCCAGCCGGGGAAUACGAACUCGUAUGGGGACGACCCGGCCCUGCCCAGUCUGGCUGAUAUUGAGCCGUGGUGGGAUUCACCAAAUGUGAAUACGUUUGGAGGGUCUUCGUUAUGA